AAAGGUUUGGCCCGUUUGGCCACCUAAAAAGGGUAAAUUCGUAAUAAUGAACCAUUUCUGAGCCUGUAUUUGGUUCAGUGUGAAAGAGGUUUCCGGUUGAUAACCAGGUUUUCUAACCUCGAACCCGCCGGUUCCAGAAAUAUCAAACCCUAGAAAUCUACUCGUUUCUCGUAAUUUCUUCCCCCUUUUCAAUAUUUUUCUUUAUCAAGACUUAAUUUCUCUAUUUAAUCAAUCUUUCAUCCUUCAAUCGACUUUUUUUUUAUUUAUCAAUUCUAACUUUUCUUUAUUGAUCGGUCCUUGUUUUGGUACUAACCGUUCUGGAAAUCUUAAUCUAGGGGUUAGGGUUUCCGAAUUUCCCCCCUUUUAAUCUUCGAUCUGUAUAAUUCCUCAAUUUUACCGGGAAGAUUCCUCAAUUUCCACCUGUAAUUAGAAAAACCAAGUAUAUCUUGAUUUGAGGAUUCAUCUUAGUACUCAUCGGAACAAUUCUCGUGGAGGUAAAACAUGGUGUACAAAAGGUCUUUUGGUGAUGAAGAGAAUUAUGAGUUUCCAUGUAAGCACCAUAGACAAUUAGAAGACUACAAUGAUCAAUUACCUCCGAUUCCUGAGAUUUCAGCCUGCAGUGAUGUCCAUCAGGAUUCUUUGUUUUCGGUUGGUGAAGAUGGAUCCUUCUGCAAAUCACAAGGUGGGAAGAGCAUUAUUAAUGUUGCGGAACUUCCAGAUGAGGCUCAUAAGGUGAUUGAGACACAUAUUCCUACAGUUGUUCCUAGUUUUACGUGGUUAAGCAGCAGUGCGAGUAUAGAGGCCUCAACGUUGGAGGAAGCCAGCAAAUUAUCGUUUUUUCCCGAGGUUCCGGAAGCUGGGUGCUCAAAAAGGGAUUUAGUUCAGCAUGAUGAGUUGUAUACAGCCCUUCUUAAUUCUCCUCCUCAAAAACUAGUUCCUGUUGGGUCAGAUCAUCAAGCCAUUAUUCCACAAUGCACUGGUUCAAACGUAAUGGCUGAUAACAGCAAUUUGGAGAAGUUAGUGGGAACUUGUCUCCUUCCAUUGUCUGAUUCAGAAGCACUUUUCAGUGAUGAUAUUGGAAAGGGUAGAUCAGAUAAUUGUUUUUGCUCAAAUAAGGGUAGCGUGAGAUGUGUCCAACAUCACAUUUAUGAAGCCAGAUGCAAGCUUAAAGAGUCGAUUGGGCUGGAAAAGUUUGAUAAGUUAGGAUUUUACGAGAUGGGAGAGAUUGUGGCAAGGAAAUGGACGGAAGAUGAACAGCAACUUUUUCAAAAAAUUGUCUUUGCAAAUCCUGCCUCAGCUGGUAAAAAUUAUUGGACACAACUCUCUGAGGCUUUUCCUUCUCGAAGCAUGAUGGAUCUUGUGAGCUAUUAUUUUAAUGUCUUCAUGCUUCGUAGACGAGCUGAGCAGAACAGGUUGGACAUUACGCAGAUUGAGCACUCUAUUAAUUUCUUUCAGAACCCUAAUUCUUCGGUUGGUGAAAACGGAGCAUGCAGUGGAUCCCAACUCUUGGAGAGGGUAUGCAAGGUUACUGAACUUGCUAGAUGUGUCGACAAGGAGCAGGAGACACAUGUCCCUUUGCAGGCGGCCAGCUGCAGUACAAUUGAAAAAGACUCGAGGUUAGAAACACCAGUCAAACUAAUAUCCCCCCCUGAUGUUUUCGAAACUGGAUAUUCGCCAGGGCCAUCAGUUCAACAUGAUGAGAUAUAUUCAUUUCUUCUUAAUUCCCCUCCUCGAAAAUUAGUUCCCGUUGGAUCAGACCAUCAAGCUGUCAUUCCAGAAUAUGUGGCUUCAAAUUUAGUUAUCGACACUGUCGAUUUGGAAAAGCCAAUAGGAACCUGUCUCCUUCCGAUUCCUGAUUCAGAAGAAGCAGUCGCCAACUAUUCCAGUGUUGGGAAAGGUAGACCUGAUGAUUGCACAUGCUCUGAUAGGGGUGCCAUUAGGUGUGUUCAGUAUCACAUCUCUGAAGCAAGAGACAAGCUUCGAGAGUUUAUUGGCCGUGAAAAUUAUGCCAAGUUAGGGUUCUACGAAAUGGGGGAGAUUGUGGCUAGGAAAUGGACAGAAGAAGAACAACAAAUUUUCCAGAAUAUUGUCUAUCUAAAUCCUGUUUCAUAUGGUAAAAACUUUUGGACACAAUUGCGUGAAGCCUUUCCUUCUCGAAGCAAAAUGGAGCUUGUUAGCUAUUAUUUCAAUGUUUUUAUGCUUCGUAAACGAGCUGAGCAGAACAGAUCAUACUGGUUGAACGAUAACAGCGACGAUGAUGAGUGGCAUAGGGAUGAUAUAGAUGUUUAUGGAAUAAUGUCAGGCAAGGGAGGAGAGGUAUCUACCGUAGAAUCCGAAGGUGAUCAAGAAGAUGAUACUUAUAACUAUAAGGAGAAUCAUGACGGGGAUAAUUGGUUUGUCUUGGCAAGGGCAGAAGAAGAUGAUAGAGUAGAUGAUGAUGUUCCUGAUCCGACAUCAGUUGAUGUAGAAAGUAAAAAUCUGAAGAAGAAUAGAAUCGGUUCAGCGGAUACCCAUGAUGGCCAGCAUGAUGGUCCGUGCACACCGGAUGUGUAUCAUCAUCUAAAUAGCACUGGCAGCGACCAACACAGUGUUAGUUGCAUCGAGGGUUUUGAACCAACCACAAGCCGCAUCCAAUAUGAUUGAAUGCGUUUUAGAUUACCUUCUCAAUAGGGCCCUGGAAGGCCAAAAUUUUCCUUUUCAUUUUCACUUAUAUAUUUACACCUGUUAGGCUGUUGUAACCUGCUCACUGUAUAAAUCAUCCUAUAAGAAAAGAAAAAGUGGUUCCCAACCAUCCAUAAGCUCAUAUUGUAAUGCAAGUUUUAUGAGGAUAAAUAGUAAACUAUAUUACCUUUAUUUCAA